AUGCUUCCUAAAAUGGCGGCGGUUUCUAUCAGUGUGAAGUGAAACUUUCCUAUUUUUAGCGAGUAUUUCUGUCCUUUUGUAAAACAUCCAGUCGACUGGAGAGGUCUGUGUGUCGCAGUGAACAUUAACCGGAACACGGAGACGUUUGGACGGUGCCCGUGAGGACCGAGCAGCGUCGUUGUGGGCUGUUGAAGCGUUAAACCUGCUGGGCUUCCCUCUAAGUUGACGCUGGCUGCUGGCUGCUGACAUUGCGAUCAGACCUGCUGUUGUUGUCAUCAGACUGCUGCUCAACACGGAACCGACGGCUGCGACCGGACACGGCCGAGCAGCUCGGUAGAUAGCCGGUCAAAGCGCGUCGAAAAGGAGUGUUGAAUCAGCUGGAUCCCGUCUCAGGGCUGGUCGGAGAGGAUCCCGAGGACGUGUCACCGUCACCUGUCAGCUGAGAUCAAGAGGUGGUGUUGGAUGUCACCACCAGUCGGUGUCGGGCUGAAUCUGCUCUGCUAGCGUCGAACAGCCAUCCUGGCCAAUCAAAUGGAGAAGCUCCAGGACCUGAGCCAAUCAGAGCUCCAGGAGCUGCUGGACAACCCGGAGAGGGUGGAGACUAUGGCUCUGGAGUCUGACGAGAUCCAGAACAUCCAGCUGGAGAGAGAGAUGGCAUUGGCAUCAAAUCGCAGCCUGGCUGAGCAAAACCUGGACAUGAAGCCUCGUCUGGAGUCGGAGAAGGAGGUGCUGGUCGAGAGAUAUUCUCAGCUAGAGGCCAUCAGAGAAACCUACAGACAACACUGCUCCCUGAGAGAUGGGAUGGCGGGUCAGGUGUCUCCAGAGGCAUUGUUCUCCAGACUACAGACAGAGGGCAGCAAAACGGAGGCAGAGUCAGAGGUUCUAGCUGAUGAGUUUCUGGAGGGCUCUCUGCCGUUGGACUCCUUCCUUGAUCGCUUCCUCUCCCUGCGCUCCCUCGCUCACAAAAGACGGGUCCGGAUAGAGAAACUCCAGGAUAUCCUUCGACAGACGAGCGAAGGUAACCCCAACGCCAUGACAUCAUCAGCAGGCGUCAGCCAAGACCCCGCUGCCACGCCAUCACCGUGGAAUCAACAGACAACAACGGCAACGACUACAAAUCAGCAGCAGCCAAACUCCACACCUCAGUCCUCCAGCUACCAAAGCGCCUCACAGUCAGCCUCCUCGUCCGCAGGGGGCUCCUCCAACCUCCCCUAUAGCCCGUACCCCGUCUCCCCACCCAACGCUCCCCAUGCAGCGGCGGCGGGCUCCGGCUCGGCCAUCCCUCCGUACCCAGGUUCCGGCUCACCUUUCACCCCGGCAGGGAGCUACUCCGGCCCUAGGCCCGCUUUCGGGCCUCCGGGUUCAGCCACCUGCCCUUACCCGACCCAGCCCUCCUUCCCCACCCCACACCCAGGCUCGGCAUUCGGCCAGUACACCCCGAGCCAGCCCCAGAGCGGCCCCGCGCCCUACCCGGCAUCCUACAGCUACGGCGGCUACAGCUACCCGGCCGGGCCUGCGUAUUCCAGCUCUCAGUCGCCGACAGGGAGACCCAUCUACAGACCAGGAUACGGAGUUCCACAGCCGUACUCAUGAAAGCACUACUGCUCCUCUGUCUCAACUCUUCCCCUCUUUGCUAUCUCACCCCUUUUCUCCUCCAGUCUCCUCUACCCUUAGUCCCUCUCCUCUUCUGGUCUUUUUACCUUUUCUACCCUCACCUCUUCCUUUCUCCAAAUGCUGAGAGAGAGGUCUCUCGCUUCACUUAUCUUUGUUGCACUAUUUCUCUCUUUCUCUAAAUAUCAGUCUGUUGAUCUCUCCGUCUUUUCUCUCUUUCCUUUUCCCUCUCUCUCUGUCACCCCUACGAGCCACCGACUCCCCCACACUAGUCUCAGGUUGUUGCGUUGUGUUUAAGUGUUAAAACACUUGUAUCUGGCCCGUCAUACACUCACACUCCUCCCUUUCUCCAUCACUCCCUCCCUCCCUCCCUCCAUCCUCUUCCAUUUCUUGUGUGUGUUGCUAUUUGGCAAUCAGAAAGUCCUUAUAAACACACAAGUGCACUCCCCCCUUAUGGCAAAUACAUGUAUUUGUAAAAACCACAUCAGAGUCCAGUAUGUGUCUGCUUCACAUUGUUAUUCAUGAGCACAGUCUGCAUUGAGAAGGCGACAGGUUUAUGUCCUGGGCUAGUUUCAGGACCCCUUGGGCUACUAAAAUGCAAUUAAAUUGGCUUUAAAGUGGAUGGCUGUUCGAGCUCUUGUAUACUGAGUUCAUUUAAAGAUGCAGGCUUUUGAGAGAACCAUAUCCUCAGCUGUAUAGCUGCUCGGUCUAUCAGCUCUUCCAGACACUUACCUACUACAAACAGAAGAGUGGCAUGUGAAUCUCAUUGUAGACAGUGGGCAGAGGAACCACUGGUAACUCCAGUCACUUUUUUAUUUUCAUCAACCAAAGAACCUUUUUUGUUUCCUUUCAAUUUAACGUUGAAAGAGGAAGUUAGCUGCAGCUGUGUGUCAGCUGCUGUGCUUCCUUUUCCAUCCCUGUAAAGGCCCAGACACACCAGAAAGUAUGUUGAAGCUUGGUGACGUAGUGACUACUCAUAGGGCUAGUUGGUGAACUACUGCAGCUGGUGAGCUAACCCCCUAACACAACAGUAGUGAACCAUGCUUCUUUUCAGUGUUCUCUAUACUGGUACAGCUAAGCAAGCUCUUCAGCUGCUGUCUGAGGUCGGGGUUUUUUUGUGCAGGAGAGGGAACGAAUGUUAACAGGUACUGUAAACGUCUUUCAGUAAGCCUCAUAUCAGCCAAGACUACACGGCCCCUGCAACACUUUUAGAAAUGACCCAAAGCCUAUUUUAAACCACACUUUUUUAAGCAUUCAUUUGUUUCCCACAAUGCAUUCUGGCCCUACAUUCAAGUCACAGAAAUAAGAAAAAAAUCAAUGGAAGUAAAUGUUCUUUUGGAAAGCAUGUUCCGCUGUAACAACAUUGAUAUACAGUAUUAUCACCUCAUAAAGACGACAUGCCGAUCACGUCAACAGUUGCUCGUAGAGCUGAGGGACAUUACACAUAGUCAUCUGAUCCACAGUUCCAGAAAUAAUGAUGAGUGGAUGGCUCUUUAACAAACCGUUCCUUCCUGUGUAUAGUGAAUUUAAAUUUGAAUGCUUUCCCCCGAUGCAUGUCUCCAUUCCUACACCCAAAUAAAGAUGGCAACCGGACAUGUAGACAGCUGUCAUUUUCAGUUGUUAGCAGAUCUUUAGUUAGUAGUUUCAUGUGUUUACGGUUAGGGUUAUUCCACAGAAGAUACAAACAGGUGGCAAAACAGGAAGGGAGUACUACCAUAUGUCUGUAAAAUGUUACAGAGCAUGCUGCUGUGCUAGCUUAAGUGGAUAUGUUGUCGAACAGAUUGCCCACCUGUCCAACAAAUAUCAAUAAAUAGUCACUCCACCUCAGAACUGAUGUGUUUCAGAGUCUUAAAGCUCUUUCCAGUCUUGUUUAAGUGUCCUGGGAGGAUUGGACCAUUCCCAGCAAAUACAUAGAGCCAGGUAGGUUUACCAACACAUGCAGAUCUCUUCUGAGUAAUUGUGGUGCUUUUGUGCUAAGAGCAAGUCAAAUGUAAGUGUAAGCAAUGAAAUAUACUGUAGAUGGUUUUGAUGGAUAUUUCGGGGGAGUUAAGAGCACUGUAGUCCCGUAUAGUAACACCCUGAUACCUGCUGGAGCGUGUCGUUCACAGACCAGUUUGAAACCAAACAUAUAGUUUCACUUCCUUCUUUCCUCCCCACCAAACACAGCCUCAUCUCUUCCUCUUCUGUCCCGACCUCCUCUCUAUCACUCUCCUCCUCCUCCUCCUCCUCCUCCUCCACCUCCACAUCUGAUCGUUGAAUAUGAACUGACGCUUGACGAUGAUUACCAGAUUUCUAUAAGUUCACACUAUCCGUGAGAAUCAUGUGGUGUGUAUAGUGUAAUGGAGUGAAUUAUAAAGGUUGGUGAUCAGUUCUGUGUCAAUUUAAUCAACUCAAAUAAUAUCAUUGAAAUAAGAACGGAGGUAAAUGAUGAAAGAUCAUUCAUAGGUCUUUUAGAGGUACAUACUGUACCAACUCUCUCAAUUUAAUAUUAACCAAACUAGGCCUGUCACAAUAACAACUUUUGUUGGAAUAUAUAUUGUCCCAGAAAUAAUUGUGAUAAAUGAUAAUAUUAAUAUAUUAUAUUAUUGAUAUUAUUUUUGAUUAUUGAUCAUAUAAUAGCAUGAUAAUGCAAGUACACCGUUUCAAAAAGCUAUGCAUUUUUAAUUUUUAAAAAUAUUCAGACAUUGGAAUUAUUUAUAUAUAUAUAUAUAUAUAUAUAUAUAAUGUGGGAUGUUAAUAAUUAACCGUUUAACCGUUAACCGAUUAACGCUAUCAGUUAAACGGUUAAAAUAAAUUUUAAUAAUUAAUUAAAAAGCUGAUCAAAACUCAGUGUAGGUGACAUUCUUAUGUGAACAAACACGCAUGUAAACACAACGGGCCAUAUCGAGGUCAGUGGAUAUGAUGGAGGUCAUGUCCACAUACCGUACGAUCGGCCGACAUAGUAAUUAUUGCGACAGGCCUAAACCAAACUAUGAUAUCACAUGAAACUGUUACCUUGCAAUGUAACAUUUCAUCAAGUUAAUCAUAUUCAAUCUUUUACAUCUCUCAGCUACUUCAGAGCACUUUAUUGAUGUUAUCACUAUCCAAACAGCAGUUAAAUAGUCUCUUUCUGAUAUUGUUGAGUCCACCCAGCUCAAAACGUCAUCGGCGUAGUCGGAGAAUCUCAAGGAAUUCAGCGGUGCUGUAACAAUGUCAGGAAGUGUGUCUUAACAUUAACGUAUUAACACUAACUAAUCUUGAAGUGAUUGAAUUUUAUCCAAAUUGGUCCCAGACAAAAAAACUGUACAGCUAUUAACACCCCCCCCCCUCUCCCCAAACAAAGCAAGGGAAUCAUUGAAGGGAGGUGAAGAGGUCAUUGAAGAGGUCAUUCAUUCAUUUGUCAUCCAAUUAGUUUGAUUAAAUGUAAAUGUUGGAAGCUAGUGUGUUUAUUUCAUGACACACCUGCAUGUCAGAGAAUCCAGAAGAGAAUCAUUUGCUUCUUUUUACCUGUUGGGAUUAUUUAAUAGAGCUGUUUAAUCGGUGUGUGAGCCUCAGAAAGAAUCUGUCACUACUGUCACAGCUGGAGUUUCAUCAAUCUGUCAUGACAGCCUCUGUUUCUGUUAACGUGGCUUCCACAUGCAGGCCAACUGGACAUCUAGCAGAAGACCGGCAUUAGUAAAGGACAAUUCUGUAGUUGUGUUUUAAUUAUCAUUUAUAGCCUGGUUUGAGUUUCCUGUUCGUUAUCACCUGAAGUCCAUGAAAUGAUAAUAACUGUGUGUCCACUUCAUCUGUUUAAAACCUGUCUGACUGGUUGUCUGAAUGGACUCAGUCAUCAGGUUUAUCUUUACCACAUCCACAGAUCUCGGCAGCAUUUCUGUCACUUAUCAUAUCUGAUAGAAAUGAUGAAAACAAGAGCAGGUGGGUUUUAAAAAAAGUCUAAAUCAAUUAUCUGGUAUCGAGUGCUCAUCGAUAUUCAAUUCAAAAUGUUUGCUCUCACUUUCUGUUUCACAAUGUGUUCUUCAUAUAGUGUAUGUGCUGUAUAAUAUAGAACAAAAAAAAUGUAUUUCUAGCAUAUACAACUACAACUCCACGAUGUUUUGACAAUAUGCAUAUAGUCAAAAGACUCAUGGGAACUGUAGUGGUAUUUGUAGAGGGCAGUGCACCUCCCAAAGAUCAAAUACCAUUCAGAAGAGUCGGGGUGGAACUGUAAACCUCUUUCUUUUGUCUGGAAUGACGACAUGGAAAAAACCUCAUCCAACCAUGUGACCAACAAGGUGAUCUGAAGGCGUGGAACCUUAUGUAUGAAACUGAAGCGUGGCUCGUGUUAUUGGCCAACGCCGGCCGUCAUUUCAGAGCCCCAGAAUAUGUAGAAUUUGUCUCACGGUUGGAUGAAGAUGCUCUGUGUAGUUGCUCCAACCACGAAGGUCUUUCUGUGCUGAAAUUUGAAAAGCAUCAUUUCUUUGAUGACUUUUGAGAUUUUUCUCCAAAGAACCACCGGCCGUGAUUGGAACAGCAAAAUGUAAAAUUAUUUUUUGAAUGAUGUGUUUGGAUCACUCUUCUGUUAAUCAAUAGGUUCAGAAUAGACAUGUAUUUUAGCUGAGAGCGUCAUGGAUUGUUCAAAUACAGGUUGCUGUGAGAGAAACCGUUCAUAUGCUGGUUUAACAUAACACAUGGUCAAGUGUUUGGAUAUCAUUCUGACCAGCUAAAGUAGCUCUGCUAGUCCAGGAGAAAUACAACAAAUCAACACAAGUUUAAAAAGAAUGAUGGUAGUUUUGCUUGUGUAUAAUACUACUUACAGACCGCUAGGAUGACAUGGAUAUAAGUCAGAGGUACCAUCCUUUAUAAAGCAUUAUAAGCUGUAACUAAUGGCUCUAAUAAUGGUUAAUAAAUAAUGUAUUAAUGCCUCAUAGAUUAGUUUAUCUUUAAAGGGGACAUAUCAUGAAAGUCCAGCAUGUUGUCCGCAGCGAGCAGAACGUGGCUCACUGACUGCUGGAUCCUGGAUAUAGCCUGGUAAUGUUAUACAUGGAUGCUAGAUAAGGUUGCAACCAAACUUUUUUCACUUCCCUGGAGUCAACAAGCACGAACGGAUAUCCUAAAGGAACAACGCUGUAUACGUUUGCCAUACUAACUUUUAACUUAAGCGGAUUCAGUGAUUUGGGGGCCCUAGGCACACAUUGUCUCGCUUUACUUUUCACCCUCUCUAACUGGGAAUGUUGGUUUUGGCAGUGGUAGAAGAAGUAGGCUACUCAAAACUUUUUUUGAAGUAAAACUAUUAACUAUUAAUAGUAAAACUAAUACCCCACUGUAAAAGUCCUGCAUUCAAAUGUUUACUUCAAGUUAAGAGUGAAAGAGAGGUAUUAUCAGCGCAAUGUACUGAAAUUGACUUAACAAGCUUUCAGUUCUAAUAUGAUGCUGGAUAGUUUACUGAAUAAUAAUGCAUCAUAUUUUAAUCUGAAUCUGCAACGUAACAUUUCUCUGUCAGGUAAAUGUAGUAAUACAAUGUUUUCCUCUGAAGUAAAAGUACACAGUAAGUCGUGUACAGUUGAGUUGCAUAUUUUUAGGUGCUUUUGGGGGCUUUUUUAAUUUUUUUCUGGGUUCAAUGAGUUAGAAUAACAUGAUUGAAUACUUGAAAACAUCAUAAUAAAUCUAUAGCUGUUGGGGCCCUUUAGUUGUGGCCCCAGGCCCAGGUUGCCAUAUACCUUUCCUAAUGGUAAAGUCUGCCCCAGGUGUUUUUCCCCAUGAACCAAGAGUGUAUUUCACCAGUGUUUCUGACCGCAAGUUGCCACAACAUGGGUGUGUGACGUAACUACUGUAUGACAUGGCAGGUGUGUUGCUCAGGACCCACGGCAACGCAGUGUCGAGUGUGAAGUUGUUUUUGGAAGAGCGGUUCUUGAGAAAACUUCAAGCAGCAACACCACAGGCCGAGCAUUCAGCCCGUUCAAACAGGCACUGUAUUAGUGAGAAAAUCCUUAAAGCUUAACUGCCAAUCCUUUGUGAAUACAUACAUGGAGAAAUGUGUGUGCUUCAGAGUUAGUAUAGUAUUCAUGCUAACCUAGCUUAUGUCAUUAGUUUGUUUAGAAAAUGCAUAACAUUUUGUAAUUUAGGAUAUAUUACAUUGUACAGCUGGACACUCCUUUCUCUUCUUAGCUCAGGAAACGUCCUCCUUGGACAGCGGACAGUCUGGACCAAAAAAACAUGAAUGAACUUAUUGAUAUUUACAUAUUUCAGACCCGAUGGCUUCGUAGAAAGUGAGAAACCUGUGCAUGUUAAUGGAUUACCAACAUUUAUUACUGCGUUAUUACCAAAUAGAAAAAGCUAAACAGGUUAAUGGGAUUUUUCUUGUGUUCUUAUUAAUAUCCUAUUACUAUAAGCCAUUAGUUACAAUGUAUAAAGCCUUUAUGAAGGGGGGCCUCACUACAACCAAACGUGAUCUCUACCAGCAGGUCAGAAAGAUAACCAGACUGUUAUCAUAUCAGAUCAUGCAUGUGAUAAUGCAUGCUCCACCUGCUGCUGCCACACGAUGGCACAAGCUAACAGGCUGACACAGUCUGGGUCGGACACGUUUCAUGUGGCCUGUCGUCAGUCAGUCAGUCAGUCAGUCAGUCACGUUGUAUAUUCGUAUGAGAAGCUGUUUGUCAUGUCGAGCCCCACAGUGAGGGUCGGUCAGGUGUUGAUCUGCUCAAAGGACAUGAUGUGCAUGAAGAGUAAAAGGCCUGUUGAUGUCCUGUACUUCCAGUACUUCCUGUACUUCCAGUAUGGUGCUGACAUCAUUCUCUUUACUUCUAUAUCACCUGUGUUUAAGUUCAGUCUUCUACCUUUUACUCACCACACACAGACCAGUGUUUUGGCUGGGUUUCUACACAUCAAGGUGACUCCACUUCAGAUGAACAUACUGAAAUACUCUUGAGCAUGACGAGCUUUUCCAUAUGAAUGAUUCUGGUGGGUUUGUACUGAGGAGAAAGAAUGAAGCACAAAAGGAGAUGUUCUAAUAUAGUCUAGCAUUAAUAUUAUUCAGAGGGGAUUUAUCUGUUCUUCUGACGGCGAAGAAUUAUGUGUUGUUAAUGAUGGCUGCAGAUUGUUAAAGAGCCUUUUUGUCUUCUUUCUCUUUUUUCUGGGUUGUGACUAAUUAAACAGAAGUUGAUCUAAA